GAAAACUGGAGACGAAAACACCCCAAGAAUCCUAUGGCUCCCAUGAUAGAGAUUUGCGAUGGUCAUCUCUACGACAUGCUGUAUCUUACAUCGCUUCAAAAUCUUGAGAUGAUGAUUUUGUGUGACUCGCAGCCCGAUGAACGCCCUGGUAGCCGUGGUGCCGUCUCACUUAUUGGUGACGGCUCCGAGGCUUUUCCAAUUCGCGUCGGCAUGACUUGUCUGCAGCAAAUCCGAUAUUAUUUGUCAAUUUUAACUCGCAGCGAUUGCACCACCAUGCUACACAUCGACAGUACUCAUAGUAUGGUGAUUCACGGCUACUCCAUUUUUUGCGUUUGGAUAUUCGGACCAAAGCUGCCACUUUUUGCCACUAGCGUUCUUCUGUACGUCACAGAAACGCAAAUUUGA